AUGUUGCGCUGGGUGUGCGCUAGAUCGCCCUGGUUGGCGAUCCGCCUCCUGGCAAGCCGUUCUCCAAGUCCCUGGAGGAAGUUCAGGCUUUUGAAGGCCCGUUCGUCCGCAGGAACCGUCGUGUGUAGUCUCCCGAGCGCGGCAGAGCUGGCAGCGGAGGCGCGGCGCUCCUCGCAAGUCGUCUGGGCCGAGGGCGUGGACCACGGCGACGAGCACGGCGCCAACCAACUCUGGAACGACGAGCGCCGCCGCGUCAUGCUCGUCGAUUUCGACCGGGCCACCCUUCUCCCAGCCCUCAAGCACAAGCAGCUUUUCAAGUUAUCUGGGAAGAAGAGAAAAUGGCAAGGAGAUGGUCCUGGGAAUUAUGAACAAGAGGCUUCUAUGUACACGCCAAUCGUAGGAAUAGUAAUGCUUAACCCCUGCUAG